CCUACGAUACUAUAAUCGACAAUCCUUCAGUUGUCUGUAAUCAAUAGUGUGCGCCCGAGAUGCACCAUGUAUCAACCUUCAACCAUUUUGGUGACAAACAUUACAUCCUUAAGAUAAUUACAUCUCAUCAAGGGUAUUUUGGUAACAUUUUAACUAUAAAUGUGACUUACUUUUAAAUCUUAUAUUAAGUCAAAAUUGGAAAUAAAAACAACAUUAAGCCAUAUCAGAGUGAGUUAAUCCAAUAACCUGCUUAUUAUUUAAAUAUAUAUAUAACAAUUAUGAUGUGUUUGGCACUUUGGCAAGUGUCUGUCAGCACAUGAGAACAAAAGAUGUUUAGAAUAUGGCAUCAAAACUUUUAGUUUAUAUGGUCAACUUUGUGAAGUUGUCCAAUGUGACGUGUAUAGUAAUUUAUUAUUUCCUCUUAAGAGGGUACUUUACUAAUCAACCAAUGAAGAAUCUUUCAAAUUUUGGAAAACAAGUAAGAGCCAUCAGCUAUGGCAAGAUCCUUAAAGGUAGCUGUAAUCGGUGCCGGUGUUGCUGGGCUAGCCGCUGCACGUGAGCUUCAAAGAGAAUCCCUCCAAGUAGUGGUGUUCGAAAAGUCACACCAACUUGGCGGAACAUGGGCCUAUGACGCACGAGUCGAGUCUGAUCUACUCGGAGUAGACCCAAAUAGAGAUGUUGUUCACUCAUCUGCCUACAAAUCCUUGAAAACAAAUGUUCCGCGUGUGCUCAUGAGCUUCACUGAUUUCAAAUUUGGUGAAAAAGUGUAUGGCGAUCCGAGGAUGUAUCCAGGGCAUGUAGAAGUUCUGAAGUUCUUGACAGACUUUGCAAGUCAUUUUGAACUCACGGAAUUGAUUAGGUUCAAUACCUUGGUGACCCGAGUGGAGGUUGAUGACUCAGACAUCACUGAGUUUGUUGUUGAGUCGAAUACUAAUGGGGUGAUAUCCGUGGAGGUGUUCGAUGCAGUUGUCGUAUGUAAUGGUCACAACACUCAACCUCGGCUAGCAACUGAUAUUCCUGGUAUUAAGACGUGGUCGAGAAAGCAAAUGCAUAGCCACAACUAUCGUGUUCCAGAACCAUUUCGAGAUCAGAUUUUAAAUGACUGGAUUGUAGUUGUAAUUGGGAGUGGACCUAGUGCCGUAGACAUAUCAAGAGAUAUAGCUACAGUUGCUAAAGAAGUUCACAUGUCCUCAAGAUCUCCUCUUGUUAAGGUCGCAAAAUCAGAUAAAUUUAACAAUAUGUGGCAGCAUUCCAAGAUAGAGUACAUUAGCAAAGAUGGUUUGAUAACAUUUCAAGACGGAUUCUCUAUAGAUGCAGAUAUCAUAUUACAUUGCACCGGGUACAAAAACCAUCUUCCAUUUCUUCAAACAAAUGGCAUUGUAAGUGUUGAAGACAAACGUAUUGGACCUCUUUACAAACAUGUUUUCCCCCCACAACUUGCUCCACGACUCUCCUUUGUUGGAAUACCUGAAAAGACCCUUCCAAUUUUUAUAAUUGAGUGCCAAUCUAGAUGGAUAGCGCACGCAUUGUCGGCUAAGGUUUCGUUGCCAUCGAAAGAUGAAAUGCUGAGUGAAGUCUUAAAACAUUACGAAGACAUGAAAGAAAAAGGCCUUCCAGAGCACUCAACUCAUCAUAUUGGAUUUCAGCUGGAUUAUAUGGAAUGGAUGUGGGCUCAAACUGGAAUGGUCAUUGAGAAGAACAUUAAAGACAUGAUUGAAUACUUGAUUCAUUGUUUGAUGACGGUUGGUUUAGAUGGGUAUAUGGAUUUGUUCUUCCAGAAAUAUGGGAUAUAAUAA